AUGCCGUGCCGUAAAGACACCACAUCUACUGAGCGGCGGCCGGCGGGACCCUGCUCGCCCGAGUGCUACGAGGAGAUCGUGGCGCUGGAGCAGGCGGAGGAUCGCAUCGCCAAGCUGGAGGAGGAGAACGGCAGCCUGCGGGAGCUGGUGGAGGACAUGCGGGCCGCCCUGCAGAGCAGCGACGCCCGCUGCCUGGCCCUGCAGGUAGGACUGCGGAAAUGCCAUGCUAGCCAUAAGGAAGAGGGGACCUGUUUUAUAGGGACUAAUAGACAAUUAAUGCAGAACCACUCCCAGACCAAGUGCCUUCAAAGUGUCCUGAAGGAGGUGGAACUCAUCCGGAGCUCCAGGGAUGGGCAAAUCGAAGAAGCAAUGAGGUUCAAUCAAGAGCUGGAAAGAGAGCUGAAGAGCUCUCAGGAGGCUCUGGUCAAUCUGGAAGACUGCAACCGUAACCUCAAGAGGGAACAAGCAGAAAUGAGGAAGAAGGUUGAAGAGGCGAGACACGCUGUCCUCAACAGUCUUGGCAAAGUGAAGGAGCUGGAGGUGAAAGCUAACGAAGUGCCACAUCUGCAAAUUUACAUUCAGCAGCUGGAAUCGGAACUGCAGCGCUACAGGUAA